UGAGGAGAUGAAAGGAGAGACUGAGGGUAAAGUCGGAACUGAAGUGAAGUCUGUGUUAGUGUUGCAUCUGUUGCAGCUGUUGCAGAUGUGAAAGAAGAAAGUGUUUUAGAAAUGAAGGUAGAGGCUGCUUUGGAGGGAGAGGGUAGUGAUGUUAUUGUGUCUACUGCGGAGGAAGAGAGAAGGGGAGAUGGUGAUGCUAUAGUGAAAGGAGAAAAUGCUAUGGAGACAGGAAAGAUAAAUUCCUGUGAAGGAAAAGUAUCCUCAUAUCUGCAUACAACUCGAGUAAGAAACAUUAAGGAAAUGAAAUGCUUAUGCACUUUUGUUUCAACAAAAUAGGUGAAAAGGCUCAACUCAAGAUAUUGGAAGAACAUGCAAAAGAAGUGCAGGACCUGGAUAGAAAAGUCCCAUCCUUAUCACCCAAGUUUUUGCUUUCUAUACUGGAGCAGUGUUAGGGGACAUCAAGAGAUGGUUUGGGAAGCACCAGAGCACAUGAGAAGAU